GAGGUUCCAAUCACCGACCAUUUUUAGUUUUCGAGAUCCCUUUUUUUUCGGUUUGGCCAUUUCACCUCAAAGUGCAAAAAGUUUCAUUCUUCAACAACAUUUGAAGAUUUCGACAGGAAAUCUUUCUAGCGCAAUAGCGCAAAUCUGUUUAUCUUCUCCCUCGGCGACUGCAUUGAACUGUUCGUCAAAAUUCUGUGCUCGCCAUGCAGUCGCAUUCUUCAAACGCUGCUCCUCUGAGAGCACUCACGCACCGACUCUCUUCCAUACCAACGAAGCAAUUGCCCCAGACCUUGCCUCGACUCAUACCCAUUCUGAUCAGUUGCAAGCCGAUAUUAUCUGCUCCGGCAAGCCAUUCGCAGGGCCGGGAUGCUUCUGAGGCCGCGGUUCUCACGCACAAGUUCAAGACGCAACUUACGACGCUCUUGUCCGGAAAAUCGCCCGAGGGGAGAUGGACGGCCGUAGUAUUGAUCAAAGGGACAGUGGAUAUUGGUGGCUGGGAGAUUCUACGUGCUUGUGAACCUUGGGUACGAGGUUUACUGGGAGUUUUGUCGAAACCCGACCCUCCUACGACCAAGCAGAUAUGCAUUGUGACCUUGACCAAGAUCUUCCUCCUAACACACGAGUACCCGACAUUGAUUCGAGAAAUCACGACGCCUUCGCUGCAGCCGUUUGUGACCUCGAGUCUCAACCUCAUCGCAAAAGUAGCCACGACAGGGGACAACAGCGCUCUGAUCGAUACCAUAUUGAACGCCUUUUGCAGGCUUCUGCCGCGUCAUCCGAACAGUUUCCGCUCCUUUGCAGCGCAAAUCCAGACUUCUCUUCUCCCUCUAAUUGCGCCGACCCCUUCAAGCCACACCGCAGAUGGCGGCAGAUCGGUCGCGCAGUCUACCUCUGAGGUUGCUCGGCGCGUAUUCGUCUCUCUUCAUCAUUGUGCGCCUAAGAAUACUUCUGGUCCAGAAUGGGGAAAUGCGCUCAGGGCCGUUCUAACUAACGUGCACUGCACUGCGGACCAAGUUUUCAGAUCGGUCAUUGAAGACUGGGAACCAGCAGGAGAACCGCUCAGUCGCGGAGCGAACCCCAAAACAUUGAGCGAAGUCGUUAGCGAUUUUGGAUCUGACCCUAUGAAUCUACCCAAAUGGGUAGGAAUAGAUGCCGGCGUGGAGAGACUUGCAGGCCUCUUGGGAACUGUGAAAGCGUUCCUACUCACUCCCACAUCCUCCGCAAUCAACCUCCCUAUCGGGUUAAUCAUGGACACCCUGGCUCGAAUCUUUGCCAUUGCUGCCCCCAGCAGUACAGGCAGCGAUCACUCUACCAUCCGAUUUAACCCACAAAUCGAGAGAAUCGAGCGUGACGGAUUACUCGCCGGCCUGCCUCAUGUCCACGUCUCAUGCAUGGAGAUUCUAAUGGCCAUGACUGAUCGACUCGAGAAAGCCUUUGGGCCAAUGGUACAAGGCUGCGUGGAACAAUUAUGCUGGAUUUACCAAGCCGAAAGAUGGAGCAGUGACAUUCGAACAUCAACGUACACUCUCCUCGCCAAGCUCCUCCAAACAGGCGGUCCUGCUUUCAAGAAGAGCACAGUAUCAUCACUCUCCAAGAUCAUUCUUGCCUGCUGCGACGACCUCCUUCCUCCCGCCGAACCCACCACUCCAGCUCAAGACACAUCUGGAUCUAAAAAGGGCAAAGGCAACGCCGCCAAGAACAUGACAAUUGUCAACGCAGAUAAAUUCCUGACGCCAGCUACGCACCAACAACAAGAAUACGCAUCCAAGACAUCCAUCGGCCUCGCUGGCUUGACUGCUGCCGCUUCACACCUACUCCCCAUCCUUCUCACCCAUCUACCCACCCACCUUGUUCCCUUCCCCGUGCGGACCAAGAUUGACCGUACCGCCAUUCUCCUCCGGCACGAAGAAGCCAUGUACGCGAGCGUUCUGAACCCGCCUCCCACGCGCAAGGGAGCCAAGACAGCUAGUAGCAUCUUGCCGCUCCUUGCCCGCGCGUAUCCGACAAACAUGGACGUCGAGGCACUCAUCCGGCCGCGCAUGCCUGUCAUUCGCACCUUACAAGGCGAACCGGGCGAGAGCGACGAAACCGGUGACGGUGCCGGGGCUGAAGCCGAUGGGGAUGAAGAAAUGGAAUCCGGCUCCGCGGGAGGCAAAUCCACCGACGCAAUCCAAAAGAUCAAUGCCCAAGCAACCAAUGCAUACCUCGCCGCCGCCAACAACGCCCAACAAGACGAGAGCACUAAAUCAAAUUACCGGCGAGAACCUACUCCUACGCCAUCAGAAACACGAGCCGAAGCCGUUGCCGCCGCCGCCAUCACCUCAGAGCGGUCUUCCGCCACGACGGAAACACCCGCAGCGAAAUCACCGGCCGCUUCUACCUCGUUGAAUAAUGUGCCUGGUCUAUAUCCUGACGCUGCAGAGGGUAAGUCCACCAAGCGACCUUUUGCGCCAGAAGUUUCGCCUGAACGUCCAGAAGCUUCCGUUGCUACUCCAAUUAGUAGUCGUAUCACUGGUGGUAGCGGCGAUACCAACAAGAAACCUCGUAUCGAAGUCGCUCCCGCUCCUGUCCUCGUCCGCGAUGCGUCUUCCGAGCAUGUUGCUACUGUUCCCGCAGGCGAAGUUCCUGGCGCGAAACAGGCCGCGACUACUGGUGACGAUGUCGACGACGACGACGAUGAUGAUUUCGAGAUACCCGAGCUUGUUAUGGAUGCAGAUACGGAUGAGGAUGAAUAAAUCAAAGGAUAUAUGUGUCUGAUCAUUUUAUAUGUAUAGUAUACAAUAUGCUAUAGUAAUGGAUAUACUAUCCUCAACCCCCACU